UUUAAAGUGUCUGAUCUGACUGUAAACCUCCCCAGGUCUGUGUCGUCGAUGGCGUCUCUUGCCCAGCGGAUGCUGCCUCCUCCUCAGGCCCGUCCGUACAGGGUGUGCUCGCAGAACCGGCGCCGGAGGACAGGCUUCACGAGCACCUCUCUAGGAGACCUCAGGCAGCAGGUGGCCAGUUCUUUCAUGAUGACGUGUCAGUUGCUCACACUGGUGCUGGAGGAUGAUGGGACAGUGGUCGACUCCGAGGCUUUUUUCCAGUCUCUGCCAACUAACACUCCAUUCAUGGUCCUGGAGAAAGGGGAAGUUUGGACCCCUAGCAAACUGGUUAUGCCAAGUUUCCGACAGCCGAGAAGAAGUGGAAUUGCCAAAUUGAGCUUUGACCUGUACAAGCUGAACCCAAAGGAUUUUCUGGGCUGUCUCACUGUUAAAGCCACACUCUAUGACAUAUACUCACUCUCAUAUGACGUCAAGUGUACCAGAGCCAAGUACUUUCUGAUGUCUUUACUGCGAUGUUUCAUGUACGUGGCCAAACUGACGGGUCAGGUUCUCCUGUGCGGAUCCUCGUAUGUGUUGCGGUAUAUUGGGGAAGAGGAAUGCUGUAGCUAAACGUCACAUCAGAUAGUGGGACAAAUAAUGAAUACUGCACUUAUGUUUAGUUUUUGCUUACAUGCUUAGACAAACAUCAGUAUUUUAUAUGGUUGGAAAAUAUCAUGGUUUACAUGGAAGAACUGCUUAUUUCGAGGGUGAUAACAUUAAAUGUGUGUGA